CCGAAGGAAUUCGACAACUGCUUUUGACAUUUUGUUAUUUUCAUCACUCGACUUUUAAGUUGAUCGAGUGCAGUGUUGCCAUUCAUAUCUAAACGAUUUUCUUAGUUUAUUUUCUGCAGGAAUAACAGUGAAAUUGUCGGACAUUUAUUAUCUGAGGGGAUCUGCCGGUCCUGACGCACAAACGGACCCACGCGGGUUUAUGAGGAGGUGUGAAGUCGGAGUGUCGUUUAUUCUGAGUUGGAUUUCACACUUGCAUUAUUAUCGUGCAUUUCUACGAUAAUAUUAUGAUGGCCAAUGGAAGCAUGUGAAACGAUCAUAUUCCAGGAAUGGAUUUCCAAAGAUGUUCCAUAACUACAGGCAAAUCAUUAAUGUGAUUUGUUCUUGUAAUGCCACAACAAAUAACAGGGAUACAAACUCAGGAGGGGUGAAAAAGGUUACACAUAAUAAACUGUGGACUCGAUCUUCGCAAGCCCUGUGAAUAAACACAGCCAAAAUGGAGACAUGGACGUUUAUGCCCUUUUCCAAUCUGUCCCUUUUCAAUGAUAGUUUCUUCCCAGGGAACGAGUCUGACUUUGGUUUGGAGAUUUACCCCCACAAUGGAACUCACCCUGGCUUUGACCAAACCAGUUCUGUAGUCAUCACAUUUGUGUACUUUGUAGUAUGUGCAGUGGGGCUCUGUGGUAAUGCCCUAGUCAUCUAUGUUAUCCUGCGCUAUGCCAAGAUGAAGACUGUCACCAACAUCUAUAUUUUGAACCUGGCUGUAGCAGAUGUACUCUGCAUGAUGAGCCUACCAUUCAUUUCCAUUCAGCUAGCGCUGCUUCACUGGCCCUUUGGAGCUGCUAUUUGUCGCGUUGUCCUAACUGUGGACUCAAUGAACCAGUUUACAAGCAUCUUCUUUCUAACAGUCAUGAGCAUUGAUCGCUACCUGGCUGUGGUGCAUCCAAUAAAAUCCACCAAAUGGCGAAAGCCACGCGUGGCCAAGAUGAUUAGUUUGGCAAUGUGGGGUGUGGCUCUGCUGGUCAACCUACCAAUUAUGAUCUACAGUGGCGUGAACACCAAAAGGAAUGAGGCACGGACAUGUACCAUGUUGUGGCCAGAGCCCCAGAACACCUACAACACUGCUUUCAUCUUCUACACCUUUUUCUUGGGCUUUUUUCUGCCGUUGACAGUUAUCUCCUUGUGCUACCUGCUCAUCGUCAUUAAGGUGAAGUCUUCAGGCAUGCGAGUGGGUUCAACGAAAAGAAAGCGCUCAGAGCGUAGAGUCACACGCAUGGUGUCUAUUGUGGUGGUGGUUUUUGUUCUCUGCUGGUUACCUUUCUAUGUAUUCAACGUGACCUCUGUGACUGGAACCGUGCCAUCCACAUCUGUGCUGAAGAGCACUUUUGACUUUGUGGUGGUGCUGGGUUAUGCAAACAGCUGUGCCAACCCCAUCCUCUAUGCCUUCCUGUCGGACAACUUUAAGAAGAGUUUCCAAAAUGUUCUGUGUCUAAAAAGGGUUGGAGGCUUGGAUGAGAUUGAUCGCAGUGACAGUCGUCAAGAAAGGACUCGAAUGGUCAACGACGUCAUGACGGAAACACAUAACGCUGCACUGCUCAACGGAGACCUGCAGACCAGUAUCUGAGGAUGGUUUGUUGCCUUGAAAGAUCUUGGCCUUAAAGUCACUUUUGACACUGCUGAGAUGACAUAUCCUACAGUAAGGCUAAAAGUGAAAUUUGGCCUUUGACCAUUACAUUUUCAGACUCCCUGCUGUGAGAAGCUCUAAAAUUCUAAAUUGUAAAAUGUAUCUAAGUGAGAAGUGAUUAUGAAACUUUACAUAUCUCAUUUAUUAUCAUAUACUAUUUAUUUUCAAAGCAGUUUUAGGACAUCAUGGGUGUCUUAAAGUGGUCUGUUGGUAUUGUUUACCAGGUAACACAACAAGAUCCUUUUGGACAGCUCGGCUGACUGAUCUCAUGCAUUGAAGCGAUGAGGAUAUGCUAAGAAUGUGAUUUACUGUAAAUAUCUGUCGUUAUUUUACUUGGUGUCACUGUCUGAAAGAAAUGCUUAAGCUGUUGUGUUGUUUUGUGUUUUGUUCACUUCAGUGCCAAAAUUGUCUUUAAAGUUAUGAGCUAAGUCCAUUGAUAACUCAAGGUCAUUGCCCUCAUUAGAUAAACACCAAAACGCCAAUAAGCAAAGGCUUAUUAUUAUUGAGGGAUCUUCAAUGAUGAUACAUGCAGAAUAGUGAUGCAUGAAGAGAUGUUGUUAUACAAACCACAUCACUGAAUUUAAAAAAGUUCCCAACAUGUAGAGAGAGAAAAGAAAAAAACUGAUCUAAAGUUGUAUGGCCUAGUUAUUUGUUGUAAUUUUGUGAAUUAUGCUUAUGCUUAUAAUAUCUUACUAAACAGACAACGAUGAAAGAGAACUCAAGAGGGCAUACAGUUCAUUCAGCUUUAACUAAAUGAUUUUGAGAAAAAUGCAUAAUCUGAAUUUGGACUGCAAUUCUUAUCAAAAUGUUAAAUAUACCUCAUUAUAAAACAUAAGAUGCACAGCCUUUAUACAUCAUUGUGAUGAAUGGUCUCUGUCAUUAUAAUGGAACCAUUUAUGGAACACAGAACAAGGACUAUUCUGUGGUAACAAAGAAUGUCAUUGUAACAGCUGCUUUCCAUUUUCAAUGCUUGGAGGGAAAAAAAAUAAACAAUCAUAAAAUGAUGCUGUAAAAGCAUUACUGUAAAUAUUUUUUUAAAAAAGCACAUAGAAUGAGAGAUGUAGAAACUUUGGUUUGUUUGUGUGCAUUCAUUCAUAGAGCUUUAACAACUAACCCUCCAACAUGAAUGUGCAAUCACCUCAUCUACUAUAAAAUGCUUGUAAAUAAAACACUAAUUCCCUGUAACUAGAUUUGUCACUCACAGAGCUAUAUAAUGUGUAAAUACUCUGGCAUGUUUACAUGCACAGCAAAAUGUUGAUAACUAGGCUAUUGAAUAAAUCUGACAAUGCAAGAAACCCACGUUUACAUGUGAUUUGAAAUGAGCAUAUUUACAUUCAUGAUCUGGCUACAUCCACAUUAAUCUAGAAACAUUUGAACAUACAUUUUCAUUUUCAAAACUUUCUCCAUCCACACUGCAGUUUUCAGACUGAAAUGCUGAGUAAACUUUCCGUCGCCUCUGAAGGAAUGCGAUAUGAAGGUUGUACAAAGUCAAAUUUAUCUUUAACAAUGCUUUUAAAGUGAAUAGCAGGCGCAACAACGUUGCUACAACAUGGGCUGCCAUCUUGAUUGUUCUGUGUCACUUGACAACAAAUAAGUCAUCAUUUUUUUAUAUUUCCGUUUUCCCUGUCCACACUUCAACGCAAAGACUGCAUUUUCAAAUAUAUCCACUUGGGAGAGAAUUUUCGAAAACCUGUUUUCGCUGUCAGAAAUGCCGGCUCAGUGUGGAUGGAAGGCCAAAACAUUGAGAAAAAGAUGCGUAUUCAAACUAAAACAUAUAAGUCUGGACGCGGCCUUAGUGUAAAUGUGGCCUUACACUGAUUAUUCUUAGUCAACAACAUGAGAAGUCAUGUAAAUGCCUUAGAAGUCUUUCCUUUGUUGUGGUACGGUUAUAAACGAUUUGAGGAAAAGCCACUGGCUCAUGUAGAUUUUUACCUAUUACCCUGAUUUCGCAUUUCAAGUAAACACCUUUAUCAGGGUUCCUUCCGGUUAAUCCAGUGUGCAAAAAUGUUGUGUACAUGCCUGUUUAUGUUUUUGACAUCAAAAGCAGAGAAUAACCAGAUGAUUUCAAGACUCAUGUAAACACGGUUUUCUUGCGUUGUCGAUAUUUUUGAAUAAGCUCAUUUUUGGUAGUUAUGUAAUGCAUGUAAAUGCACUAAAUGAAACUUAUAUAAUUCUUUCAUUUGACACUUUUAAGGGUUUUAGUGCAUUUCAACAUUUGUGAAGGGCUAAAGCAAUUAUUUAAACUGGAUUUGUUUAUUGUUUGUCUGUAUGCAACAUAACAACAACUGGUGAUAGUCUAAAAGUCAGUUGUCUGAUAUGCUGCAAGUGAUGCGAGGUGAAUGCGUUCAUGGUUGGUAUUGUGUAAACAGUUAUUUUCUAGGAUCAAUACAAAGAUCUUUUGAAACUUGGGGAAGAAUUAUUGAUUUUUAAAGUGGUUAUCUCAGUAUUCAUUUUGUCCAUGUAGUUUUUCCUUAAGUGAGUUCAAUAUAAUGUGCCUUCAACUGUUAAGCAGUAUAUGGUUUGUGUUAGUGUGUAGUGCUUUAUUGUAGUUUCUCAUGUCAAGUUGCCUAGAGUUCCUAUUCUGAUAGAUUGUACAAUAUAGCAUUUCAAUGUUACUUCUGUAUGCAUCACAGAUUUCAAUGUUUUCUGUCAUUCCUCAACAUACCACAUGCUUUGACCUUGAGGAAUGAAUAAUCUCUCAUCUUAAACAAUAGUUGAAAAGAAUAAAGGCUAUGUAUUGUUUACCCGAGGGGUCUCCGAGGUAAUUUUCAGCAUGUAGCAUAACUCAUUGCAACUUUAAUGGAAGGCUAUUCUGAGAUUGAGUGCCUGUCAUUCUCCUGGUUGCUAAGCAGCCACAGCUCAGUUUUUGCAGUGUAAUGAGUAAUUUAGUUUGAAGGUCCAAUUUAUUACAAAGCACCCAAGCAGGAUAAUCCUCAAGUGUAAUUAAAUGACUUUUUUUUUUUUUUCAAACACUAUUGUUGUGAGGUCAUUUUUGGACAAACUGUGAUUGUGUUUUAAUUAAACUUCACAAAGGCACAGACUUGUUUUUAAGUGAUUUUUUUAUUGAAUAGGGAUUAUAACACAUGUUCAACGUUCUAAAUCUUACAAAAUAAGCAGAAUACAUGAUUAAAAUUACCUUCUUGUAAUAUUGUGUUUUUUGGUUAUUUUUUAUGUAACCAAGUCAUAUAAGUUGCAUGUAAACAUUUUUGCUGGGAAGUAGGCUGGAAAUGAUCAUUUUUUCAAUGUGUUUAAGAAAAUGGAAUUCCCAUAUACAAUGUGACAUCAUAUUGUCAAGAAAUCAUCCUCUCAUACAUAAA